AUGUACAUCACAUCUUUUGGUUUGUAAUAAAGUGGAACUAAAUUUCGACCGUGCAACUGUAAAUUACGUAUUAUGUCUUAAUGAAAGCCGCCACCAGCUUGUAUUUUACGAUGGCGGAAUCGCAGGUUGCUAACAUAGUCAACGAAAUAUUGAGGGUGGAGGCAGUUGAAGAAGCCUUCAGCUGUUUCUUGGUCUAUAAGCCCGACCAGGAGAAUGAGAGGUUGGCAACCUACCAAAAGAAACUAUGUGCAGUCAUGACUACAAUCAGUGCAGACGUGCAGGAGUCUGCCAUCAGACAAUACCUCACUCUGACUGCGGUUCUCACCAACAGGCACAAAAUGAAGCAACUUCUGACACUCAUGGAAAAUUUAGUUAACACAAAUAUCAUACAGGCCCGGAUGCUCUGUGACUGCAUACUGACCAGUGAAAAACUUUCUUAUCAAAAUGCAGAUUACUGGAUAGAAUGUUUCAAUUUAAUCAGAAGAAUUAUAGGUGGUGUGGAUUACAAAGGCGUCAGAGAAAUCAUGAAGGGAUGUAGAGAAAAGGCACACACAUUACCUGUGCGGUUAAAUUCUUCAACAAUGCCUCAGAUGAAGGCCCUGUAUAAUGUCAUAGAGUACAUAUUUGACCGCAACGCGUCCUUGCUGCCCGCUUACUUUAUUGUUACGGAAAUACAGAAAGAUUACCCUGAUAAUAAUCACUGGCCACAUUGGCAACUUGCGAAGCUGCUGACAAGCUUUGUCCAAAGCUUCAAGCCGUGUGCACAAAUGGUGUCAAUUAUUGGGCACUCUCAUAUGCUGCCAGUAGUUGAGUACUCUGGCUACGCUGACCACUUGGUCAACCCGUGGCGCCUAGAUCCAACCACAUUAAAAUUCUCUCUCAAAGGAAGUUUGCCGUACGACGACAAACUAUUGAAACCACAAAUAGGCCUGCUAAGACACGUUUUGCAGCAGCCGUAUUCCAGAGACAUGGUGUGCUCCAUGCUGGGAUUGCAAAAGCAGCAUAAGCAGCGUUGCAUCGCUCUGGAAGACCAACUGGUAGAACUAAUGAUACUAGCCAUGGAGAAGAGUGAACAGGAAAACGAAGACGACGAAAUGUCGUCAACACACUGGUGCUGGUUACACCUAUCAUCACAAGUUAUUUAUUUAAUACUCUUUCAAUUUGCCUCAUUCCCUAAUAUAGUGAUGGGUCUUCACAACAAAUUGAUUGGGCACGAUAUGAGGAAGGGCAGAGAUCAUUUAAUGUGGGUGCUCCUUCAGUUUAUCUCUGGGAGUAUACAAAGGAAUCCGCUGUCAAACUUUUUACCCAUAAUAAAGCUUCAUGAACUGUUGUAUCCGGAGAAGGAGCCAUUACCGGUCCCCGAUUGUACGAGGGCCCACUGCACGCAUCAAAUGGCUGUGGUUUGCAUUUGGAUGCACUUGUUGAAAAAAGCGGAAUCGGAACAUAAAACAAUGCCUAUGCCGCAAAACCUAAAAGUGCAAUAUGACUUCCUUCAGCACUUCAUGACAUCGAACAACACGCCAAACCUCAUGGGCUCGGACUACCGCAUAGCUUUGCUCUGUAACGCGUAUUCAACCAACCAAGAAUACUACGCGCGGCCCAUGGGCAUUAUUAUAGAAACCCUCUUCGGCAGCCAGAAAGCCUUAUCCAACGGGAAUCCUGGGACACCAUUGCCUACAGUGCCACUGUCGAUGUGCAUACUUGACAGUCUUACUUUGCACUGCAAAAUGUCUCUGAUCCAUUCUAUAGUGACACACGUAGCGAAAUUAGCGCAGAACAAGACCAGUAUACCCGGGAGCAGUAUGAUGGCGCCGGCGCUCGUGGAAACGUACAGCCGCCUGCUGGUCUACACUGAGAUUGAGUCGCUUGGAAUCAAAGGUUUCGUUAUCCAACUUCUGCCGAACGUGUUUAAGUCGCAAGCGUGGGGCAUCCUGCACAACCUGCUGGAUAUGUUCUCGUACCGCAUCCACCACAUCCAGCCGCACUACAGGGUGACGCUGCUCUCCAACAUACACUCGCUGGCCGCGUACCCGCAGGCCAAUCAGACGCAACUGCAGCUCUGUUUCGAAAGCACCGCGCUACGACUCAUCACGAGUCUGGGCAGUUCAGGCGUGCAACUACAGAUGUCGCGAGUGGUGUCCGAGCCGAAGUCACUCGUGUCACAGGACAACGAGGAGCUGAACCGGGUGCUGGUGCUCACGCUGGCGAGGGGCAUCUACAUGAGCGGCACAGCCAACGACGGAGCGGCAGUGAAAGAGUUACUCACCACUAUAAUGACGAACACACCGCACAUGUGGUCUCAGCACACGUUGCAGUGCUUCCCGCCGGUGCUGGUCGACUUCUUCUCACAGAAUCCAGCACCCAAGGAAAAUAAGCAAGUGCUAAAGAAGUCCGUAGAAGAGGAGUAUCGCAAAUGGACUUCGAUGGCCAACGACAACGACAUAAUAUCACACUUCUCCGUGCCGGGCACGCCGCUGUUCCUCUGUCUGCUGUGGAAGAUGAUCUUCGAUACGAACAGGAUCAAUCCUAUUGCUUUCAAAAUCCUGGAACGCAUCGGCGCCCGUGCGCUCUCAGCUCACCUUCGCAAGUUCUGCGACUAUCUCGUAUAUGAGGUGACCAACCCGGCGGGCGGGCCGCACAUCAACAAGUGUGUUGACGCCAUCAACGACAUCAUAUGGAAGUACAACAUUGUCACCAUCGACAGGCUCGUGCUAUGUCUGGUGCUAAGGCCAAACCCUGACGGCAACGAGAGCCAAGUGUGCCUCUACAUCAUCCAACUCCUGCUGCUCAAGGGUUCCGAGCUUAGGAACCGGGCCCAAGACUUCGUCAAGGAGAACUCGCCUGAACACUGGAAGCAGAACAAUUGGUACGACAAGCACCUGGCAUUCCACAGAAAGUAUCCGGAGAAAUUCGCUCCGGAAGAGGCGAGCAGCGCGUACGGCGGGCCCAUACCAGUUUACCUCAGUAACGUGUGUCUCCGCUUCAUCCCCGUGCUGGAUAUAGUGGUACACCGCCACCUGGAGACGCCGCAGGUCAGCAAGAACCUGGAACAGCUGCUAGAGCACCUGGGAUACUUGUACAAGUUCCAUGAUCGACCCGUAACCUUCCUAUACAACACGCUGCACUACUACGAGACGAAGCUACGCGACAAGCCGCCGCUAAAGAGGAAGCUUGUGAACGCAGUGCUGGGGUCGCUGAAGGACGUGCGGCCCGCGGGCUGGGCCACCACGGACGCGUUCCAGGCGUACCUGGUGAAGACGGACGCGGACACCACGCCCUGGACCCCGGACCUUAACUACUACUUAAGUCUAGUUAAUAGGAUGGUUGACACAAUGACAGGCGUGUCCCACUUUCCGAACACCGACUGGCGUUUCAACGAGUUCCCGAACCCAUCAGCGCACUCCCUCUACGUGACCUGCGUUGAACUAAUGUCCUUACCUAUGGCCCCGGAUGUCGUCGGCAACAGCUUGCUCGACGUGGUCACGAAGGGCUUCGUAGUCAUACCGGCGACCAAGAUUCAACUCUGGAUCAACGCGAUAGGACUCAUAAUGGCUGCUCUGCCUGAUUCGUACUGGACUGUCAUUCAUGACAGGAUACUGGAAGCCACGACCCACAGCGACAUGACCGAGUGGCCGUACCAGCACUCGCUGUUCCAGCUGUUCAACCUGGCCACGACCAACGACGCCAUGUUGGAGAACAAGUACAGCCUCACGCUGGCGCUGGCCCACGCCGUCUGGUACCACGCCGGGGCCGGCCAGAUCAUGCAGGUCCCACAGUUCGUGAAAGAGAAACUGUCGCCGGAGAUCCACACAGAGACGCAGCUAGUGUUCCUGUGCCACCUGGUGGGGCCGUUCCUGCAGCGGUUCAACGCGGACGUCUCGCGCGCGGUCAUGGACAUCACCAUAGCGCUGUACGAGCUGCUCGCACACAUCGACAAGACGCAACCACAUUUGCAGUACAUUGAUCCUAUAUGCGAUCUGCUCUACCACAUAAAAUACAUGUUCGUCGGCGACACACUGAAAAGCGAAGUGGAGACGGUGAUCCGCAAGCUCCGGCCCGCCCUGCAGAUGCGGCUGCGGUUCAUCACGCACCUCAACGUGGAACAGAUCAACACCGCCUAGCAGAGCGACUACUACAGCUAUACGCCGUCUAGCUCGAGCUCCAGCUCGGAAUAGACGGCCGAGCUGUAGACAUUUGCACGAGAGACGAGGCUGCCCAGUUAUAGACGGUCAAGCAAAUCUUGUCAGUGGGCAUUUUCACUUAACUGUGCACCUUUAACGGCCGUUUAGCAAUCGUUAUAACACUGACGGUCAAUGUCAAAUCACAUAUAUUAUGUCAGGAAUAUAACGGUUAGACGUUACUGAAACACGACUUAAGUCGCGCUUUAAAGUACAAGUUAAAUGAAAAUGCCCCAGUAGAAAAAUGCGAAAUUCAAACUUUCUAUGAGAUGAUAUUCGUUCGCGCCUACAUUUUUCAAAUUUGCCGCCUUUUUCUACUGACAAGAUCUGCUUGACCAAGUAUAGGUGACGGCUUACCUUAGAAUAGCGGUCGGCAACCUUUUAGCAGCCAAGGGCCACAUAGUAGUUUACGAAGUUGACGCGGGCCGCACUUUGUCAAUAUUUAUGACUUUAUCAGACAUUGUCGUUUUUCAAUAUUACACACAAGAUGGCCAGGGAGGCUCGCGGGCCGCCUGUUGUCAAUCGCUGCCUUAGUCCAUAGUCUAACGCCGUGUAUAAAAACCGGGUCGAGACGAAUGGUGGUCUUAGUAAUAGGGUCCCGUUUUUACCCUUUGGGUACGGAACCCUAAAACGAGGAGCUACGAGAGAAGGGAAUUGCAAAUAAUACACGAUUCAACUAACUGGAAUGUUUUUAAAAAAUGUAAUAGGCGAGUCAUGCAAAUAUGUGUUAUCGUUUUUGGUGAUAUUUCUCAGACUUUUUACAUGUAAUAUGGGCAUAUUGAGCAUGUAUAUAAUUUCAAACUUAAUAUAAAAAAUUAAUGAACUGGAUCAGUUGUCGUACUUCGAGAAGGGAAAGUGAUUGACCUAAUAUGAGAGUAUAGCAGAGAAUAAUACUUUGUUUACUCGAAACAACUUCACGCCAAAACCGAAACCUUUCUGGAAGUUUAUAAAGGGUUUAUUGUUGACCAUUUUCGAUUUUUUCCGGUAUUUAGUUAUGCAUUUUAUUAAGAGUAACUAUUAUCCUUUCUAUGUACAUAUAACGAAUUUUCCCUACUGUUUUCUGUAAAGUGGCAUGAAAAAGGACUCUCAUUCAUCUAAGUGAUAGUGAUAGGACAAGAGAAAAAAGGGCGUCGGCCUAUUUUUUAAGAGUCUUGAAGAGAACAAGACAAUGAUGAUGUAUAAUUGAAAAAUAAGACUAGAAUUUUAGAUGAUAAGUAAUGAUGUAUACCUAUACCUAUAGUAAUUAUUUAUGCAGUAUGUAUAUUUUUACAUAUAGGCAAUAAGUUUAUUGAAUACCUAUAUUUUUUUUAUAUAGGGACUUUGAACCAAAACCAUGUGUUAUCAAAAGUCCAACAUGUGCACGUUAUGAUUUUUUUUUUCACUUUUUACGAGUGUAUUUUACACACACACAUGUUUAUAGUUAAUAUGUAUUAGAUUAGUUUUUAGAUUACAUAUUACGCAUCUCAACUACUCCGAGUCUUUCAAGCUUAAUUUCUUAUUGCAAAGUAGUCAAACUAAUUUUUUUUUUGCUGAACAUAAGCUUUUUACAAUGGUUGUAUUUUAACUGGUCAAAGUAGACUUAUUUUUUUUUCUCAGUUGGUUUGAAUCCUUUGGACGCUGUGAUUGGACGUCAAGAGCGCCCAAAGUCACUAUCAUAAGCGUCAUGGUUUUAAGUAAGGUUUAAAGGCCCAGUAAUUAACAGGCCGCCGGACGGUAACGGCCUGUCAGUUAGAACAAUAUUUUGACAGUUCCGAACAACUGACAGGCCGAUACCGUCCGGCGGACUGUUAAUCAGUGGGCCCCUAUCGCUGUGGCCCAUGCACAUAGCGUGUGAGUGACUCUUAUAAAUGACGUUGCGUUUAAAGAAUUAAAUAUGAACUUGUGCUUUAGGAUAAUUCUAAGUAUAAAUAGACUGGUAAGAUCUCCUGUAAUCUAACAUUUAAAAUAUAUAUGUAGUGUAUUUUCUCAUCACACUUUAUAUUAAUAGGUAGUCUUAAAUAGUCAUAAAGUAGGUAAACGUGUACUUGUCGUGUAUAUAAUUUUUUUUUAUUUGUUUAGGUAUAACUAAUUGUAAGUAUUUUGGAAUAUUAAGAAAUAUUUUCUGGGA